AUGGUCCAUGGGAAACCAAAACAUCCACAAAGCCAGGUUUCAGUAGAACGAGCCAGUGGUGACAUCAAAGACAUGUUGCAUGCAUGGAUGGCAGACAAGACACACGAUUGGUCUGUUGGCCUUCGUUUUGUUGAAUACCAACACGCUGCUCAUCAUUCCGGCAUCAAGCGCACUCCAUUCGAGGCACUGUUUGGCACUGAUUCUGGGGUGCUUCUGGCAUCAUCGAGUCUUCCUCUUGAGGCCCUUGAAAGAUUACAGUCAGAAGGUGACUUUCUCGCCCUCUUUGCUAGCCCUUCAGAAGACGAACUUCUUGCCCAAGAUCCCCAGCCUCCACCAGCAUCUGCAGCUCCAGCUCCGACCUCUCAGCCUAAACUUGCUCAAGAUUUUCCGCCCCCACCUCCAUCUGCAGCACCAGCUUCCCAGCUUUUUGUGAAUAUAGUUUAA